GCUACAGCGCUUCAGCAAUUCUUCAAUGUCGCUUCUCGCGUGCAGCAGGCUGUGUCCAAGAUACAGAAUGAAUCUACACUCCCUAGUUGUGUGGACACUUCUCUUGUCAAUGAGACCUUGUUUGCUUCAGACGCGGAGGAUGAUACUUUGGUCAAGCACGGGUCACCUGCUAUCCGUGGUGAAAUUUUCCAAGCUUCUGAUUCAGAAGAUGUUGGGGAAGAGAGCAUUGUUCAGGGUGGUGGUGACCGUUGUGAAGUUUUCCAAGCUUCCGAUGCAGAGGAGGAUGAGCCUGGCAACUGCAAGACAGAUGGCCUGAAGCGAGCGCGUCAGCCAAGGACUUCUGCGAAGGCGGAGUUCUUGAAAAAAACGGUUUGCAUCAAGGCAUUGUCCCGACUUCUUGGGGUUGGAUCCAGUACAUUGCAGCGCCUUAGGCAGGGUCACUGCCAAGUCUACGCAGGAAGGCCCAAGAGACCAAAGCAUCCAGUUUUUGGCUUUUGUAUUGAUUCCGACACCGCGACCAAGUGGAAGGUUGUGGUUACUUUCCUUUGGCACAUUUACCACUCAAGUGCUGAAUGUCUUCCAACGAGUGGCCGCUUGCAAAAGGCAUGUCAGUCUGCAGAGGAAGCAGCUUUCCCAGAGACUAGAGAGGAGGAGGAAGAUUCAAACUUCAGCAUGCGCUUUGUGACACAGGUGAUGCGUGAGCUUCAUGUCUAUAGCUCAGACUUGGACCUUUUGAGGCGCAGCAAGUUGAGCGAGCGCCUUUUUAGGUGCCAGGAGCAAGGCAUCAUUAAUGCAGAUGGAGCGACCUACUUGUUGGCUUGGUCCAGAGGCGAAUGGGAGUCGAAGUCAAGGAAAGCUCGCAGGAGCAAUGUGCCCGCCAGCCCUUCACCAGAGGUAUUCCACAGCACGGAUGAUGAGAAGGCGAGUGAGACGGAGGAAAAGAACGCCGCGGAGACCAAUGUGAAUGACCCUGAGCUUGACACGUUUUAUUCCUCUGACGUGGAGGACGUUGAUGGGAGCAAUCCCGAGAACACAGAGGGGGUAAGCGGUUGGACCGCGGACAUGGAGCUGGGGGCUCGUGGGUUCAUCAGCAGGGCUGUCAACAACCCAGACUUUAGCGAGCUGCACAGCAAGUUGAAGUCCUUGAGCGCAAUCCUUUCGAGAUCUCACAAGUCUACCAUCCGCGUUGGAACCAUUUGUUCUGGGAUUGGAACGCAGGAGAUGAUUGGAGAGAUCUUCGAGGAACAGUGGAACCGUGCCAAUCCCGCUUCACUGUUGAAGGUAGAGCACAGCUUUCUCUGUGAAAAUGACACUGCGAAGAUCGAUUUUCUCCUCCGUUGUUUUCCUGAUGCUCAUUACCUUUUCACUGACAUGAAGGAUGUGGCCCAGGGGCUGGCUCGAGAUUGCAAGACUGAUGGCUGGGUUGAAGUGCCGAAGGCGUGGGGUGUCAAGUGUGAAAGAAGGGUCGAUGGUCUAGUCUCUGGCUUUCCUUGCAUCUCUGUGUCACCGCUUAAUAUGGAUCCGAAAGGAUUCAAGGAUACUUCCAGUGCUACCGGGUGCGGAUUCAAAUCUGUCACGGAUUAUGUUCAGCGCAGCCGACCACAAUGGAUUGCAAUGGAAAAUGUCAAGACAUUGGUCCACGCCAGGGCGGUGGAUGGCUACAAGAAGCCAAUUUACUAUAUCCUCGAAACGAUGAAGAAGCUAGGCUACUUCUCUGCCUUCGAUGUGCCCAACACAUAUUCUUAUGGCUUGCCCCAGUCGCGAACUCGAGUUUGGAUGAUGUUCAUCAGGAAUGAUUGCCUCGCCCCAGCACUGACUACAGGAUCUAUCUUGCAGAUGUUUAGGUCAUUUCAAUUGAAGGCCUGCUCAUUGGAGAGAAUCUUCUUGGAUGAUUGUGAGGUUCCACGUGGGGAGAGUCGCCAGGCUGCUAUGUCUUCAAAGGAUCGCGAGCUCAAGUGGCCUGAGAAGUUCGAAGAAGCCAAGGAAAAGCUGGGUGCUGUCGCUUGGCAUGGAGGGACGCAAGGCCUCGCACGUGAAAUUAAUGACUCAAUUCAUAACAGCCACGGGUAUAGGGAUGGUGCUGGGAGUUUUCAAACAGAUUCCCUGAGAACACUUUGUGGAUGGGCCAAGGAGAGGGUCGACAAAAUGCUCCUCAGAAUCAGAAGUGAGAAGUUGCUUUUGCCCGAGCGGGAGUUGGCAAUCUUGGCUGUGGCCUGCGUGGAUCUUCAGGUCAACUUUGGCAUGGAUCCUUGCAAAGAGGAGCUUGUUGUGCAAGUUGAGCCUGGGAAUUGA